AUGUCUUUCAAUACCUUUAUCCAACAUAUUAAAUCGGAAAAAUACCGUCAACUUGGAUUUUGGAAAUCCAGUGAAAACGGUACCCCAUUAAAUCCUCUUCAUUGGUUCCAGUUUGCCGACGACGCGGCUGUUGUUAGCGGCCAAGAAAAAGAAAACCAAAUGCUCCUUAAUCGCUUUACAAUCUGGUGUCAGUGGGCUCAAAUGAUAAUACGUGUAGACAAAUGUUCAACAUUUGGCAUUAGGAAACAAGUAACCAAAUCCAUUCAAUAUCUCCCAAAACUAUUUAUAAAUAACUGUCUUGUACCACGUGUUGAACUUGGUAAAUCGUUUCGCUACUUAGGUCGCUAUUUUGAUUUCAACAUGUCGGACGAAGAUCACAAAUCUGAAGUAUAUGACACACUUACUAAUAUCCUGAAUGAAAUUGAUGAUCUACCAUUACAUCCGAAAAACAAAAUUCUCUUAUACAGUCGUUAUGUGCUUUCCAAAAUCUCUUGGCACUUCACUGUUUCUGACAUAGGCAAAACCUGGGUUAACGAUAAACUAGAUAGUGUCGCGUCCACGUAUAUCCGAAAAUGGCUUGAACUUCCUAUUUCUGCAACCCUUAGUAACGUCCUACUUCCCCACAAUAAAUUUGGAUUAAAUAUCAUUCUACCUUCAACCAAAUUCCUUCAAUGCCAAACUGUUUCUCGGAAAGCCCUAAAGUCGUCGCCAAAUGAAGCAAUCAAUAACCUUUGGAAGGAUACUAGCAAUCACAAAAAUGUACAAUAUGACAAAUACAAAAACACCAAGGACGUAUUAAACACCAUCAGGAAACAACAUGAAGACAAGCUUCAACACCACCUCAUUUCACAAGGCUCAUUUUUCUCCAAUAUCAUUAAACAUUCUACACUCUCAUUCAACUCUAUAUGGUCCUCCGUUCAGAGUAAACUUCCCAAGAAUAUAUUUAACUUCACUAUCCGGUAUAUAAAUAACACUCUUCCGACUCGCAAAAACCUUCUGAAAUGGGGAAUAUCACCAACAUCCGAAUGUUCGUUUUGUUUGAAUCCAGAAUCACUUCUUCACGUCGUCGCUGGAUGCAAGACCUACCUAAAUGAAGGACGUUUCACGUGGCGUCAUGAUUCGGUGCUUAACUUCAUAGCAUCCAUACUUAAAUCUGUGAACCAUUGUAACCUUUAUGCUGACCUUCCUGGCUAUAUCAGUCCAUCUGUUAUCACCGGAGAUGAAUUGCGCCCUGAUCUUUUGAUAACACUUGAAAACAAAUGUAUUUAUAUACUUGAACUUACCGUCGGAUUUGAAUCUAAUCUCCUCACUAAUGCAACUCGAAAAAGACAAAAAUAUCAAGAUCUAAUUAACGAACAGCUCAAAAAUUAUGAAAAAGUGAAAUUUGUAAAUUUAUCGAUUAGCUCAUUAGGAGUUUUCAGCCACCCGUCGCUAGAUUUCACCGAAAUGCUGAAAGAUCUAAAGUUUGAUGAACAAUGUAGAAAGUACUAUGUUCGGAAAAUUAUAAAUAUAUGUAUCAGGUCCUCGUAUUAUAUAUUCUGUAAGCGUAACAAAGAAUGGGAUAACCCACAACUAAUGUCAUACUAA